GUAGGUCUUUGCUUGCAGUCGUCGCAUCAUCUUCCCAGGCUCGCUUUGACAAGUGUUCAUGGUGGUGCCACCUCCCCCCACCCCUUCCUCAAUUCUUCUCCAUUAAUCUGCUUCCACUUCUACUCCUCUCUUCUCUUAGUUCUGCUGCCUACUUAUUUCCCAUUCCUCUCUCUUUCUCCGUGGCGGCCGCGCGGACACACUUCGCCUUGCAGGUUGGAUCGGCGGCGGGCGGCGGGCGGCGAAGCCGCGGGUUUUUGGGUCCGAGGUAUAGAUUUAUCGCAUUGCCCAGCACCAGCAGCAUAAUUUGAAUUGAUUCUGUUCAACCUUCUGACUGGGUAGAUUUGCGAUUAAACUUGCUCGUUGGUGCAUUGAAGGCCACAUCUGCGUUAUUGUCCUGCGUGGGACGUCAUGCGAGAUGUUUUUUUCUAGCAAUUGUUGUUGUCAGCUUUUACUCUUCAGGUUAGCGUGCCGUGGUUAUCAUCUUUGAGCCGCUAUUGUUGAACAGUUGAAGACCACAGAAUACGUUUUUUUUUUUUUGACGGGAUGAUUGAUCUUGUUUAUUUAAGAAUACUUGAAUGAAUCCCCUUAUUGCUUCAAUGAGAAUUGAAGCGGAUUCAGCUAUUAGGCACACAGGGUUACUGAUCUUUCUAGUCAGGGCAAAGCCACCCAGUUGAUACUUGCAAAAUGGGCUGCUUCACUAUUUUGAAGCAGAAUAAAAAGAAGAAAAAUUGGAGGUUUGCUAGCAAGAAAGCCCAGAAUUUGAAUGAGAGCACAGCUUCUACACUGCCCGAGCCGGACCGAGAUAGACCAUCUCUUCAGUCAGCCCCUCCGAGUUUCAGAAUUAGAACAAGAUCUGCGCAAUCUAUCAAUCAAUCACUAAAUGCCAGAGCUAGAGUAUUAUCAGCUCCUUGUAGCCUUCUUGUGGCAGAUCGGAAUGUUCUUGAAUUUGAUGAUCAAGCAGAGUGCAAGGGUCGCAGUCGGUCGGUCAAGGAUCAGCAUCUCUCAAAUCCUCUGCCUCUUCCCCUUCCCUCACCAUGCACCAACUCAGUCUUGAAGAAUUUCUCAAGUUUUAAGUCGAACCAACCAAUGGGUUCCAGCAACACUUCAGGCCCACUCCCAUUACCGCAAUCAAAGAAAGCGCUUCGGAAUUUUUCAUAUGAUGAGAUUUCAACUGCUUCGCAGCAUUUCUCACUUGAAUUUUGCAUCUCAGAAAGCAGCUCAUUUACAGUUUAUAAUGCAACUAUUGGAAGUGAUAUGACAACCUCAAAGAAGAUUGAAGCCACAGUUACUCGUUUACAGCAUAUCUCGCAGAAUUUGAAGGAAUUUGCGAGCGAGGUGAAUAUAAUAGCUUCCCUACAGCAUCCUAAUCUUUGCAAUUUAAUUGGGUACCAUGCUCAAGAGGGUUCUGAUGAGAGAAUGAUGAUCUAUGAGAGGCUCUAUCAUGGGAGUUUCGAUCGACUGCUUCAUGGAAGAUCAGAUGGUCCAUCAAUUGAUUGGCCUACAAGGAUAAAAGUGGCGCUCUGCGCUGCAAGAGGUCUUGCCUUCUUACAUGAAGAAGGCCCUUUUCAGGCUAUGUAUCAUGAAUUUUCUACCUCAAACAUACAAGUUGACAAGGAUUUCAGUGCAAAGCUCUCAGGGUAUGGAUGCGUCGGUUACUACAACCCAGACACAAGCAUAUCAAAUUCUUCUAUUGCCUCUGGAAAUCUAUCAGUGGAGACCUUGGAUAAAGGGUUACUGACCCCUAAAAGCAAUGUCUGGAGUUUUGGAGUUGUCCUUCUUGAAUUACUAACUGGAAGGAAGAAUCUUGAUGCUAGGUACCCUAAAGAGGAGCGCAAUAUUGUCAAAUGGAGCAAGCCAUUCCUUGCUGAUGAUUGCCGCCUAUCAUUUAUCAUGGAUCCUCGGAUCAAAGGACGGUUCCCUCCGAAAGCAGUACGAGCGGUUGCAGAUAUCCUAUUGAAGUGCCUUCAGAAGGACCCUUCAGAAAGGCCUACCAUGAGGGCUAUUGCUGAAUCACUGGAGAAUGUUCAAGAGAUCAAAUGUCCCAUUCGCUACCCUCUUCAAGAGCCAUCUGCAGUUUCCAGUAAACAGAUGCUGAAAUCUCGAACGAUAAAUGGCAUCAUUAUCCCUGCACCACCUCCAAAAGAUUCCUUCUCGAUGUCGCUUCACCUUCGAAGUUGUUCGACGACAGCUUCACUCGAAGAUAAUACGACAAGCAGCCCGAGGAAACCCCACUCACCGGUGUUACAUCGGUCGGCUAGAGUUGAAGGAUUCUAAUUGUCUAUAUACUAUAUAUUCUUUAUUCAAGUAUUCAUGGAUUCAUGUUUGAUGCUUUGUUUGUGAUUAUAAUGUGGCAUAACAUAUAAAGUAUUGAUGUGCCUGUUUCCAGAGAACAGAACAGAGUGAGAUAAUUUGUAGAUAGAAGAUGAGUGUCAGCUUGCAUACAAGCAGUUCUGUAGUAGGGAGUGCACUUUUGUUCAGCCUCUGUAAAUAAUAAAUGUGAUUCUCUCCUAUUAGCAAA